UUAUUAAACAACGAAUAGUGUUCGAGAGUGGAGCUAGCGCAGAUUAAGCUAAACAAUUAUAUUAAUUCUGCCUGCACAAAGUGUUAACUGUUGGUUUUAUUGUCAAGUCGCAAUUGUUCAGUAAUUAAUAUUCAACUCGAGACUGACUUUCAAGUAGUAGAAAAUGCGCUUUGUGAUCGCUCUUUUGGCCCUGGUGGCUGUUGCACAGGGUGUUUCGUUUGCGGAUGUCAUCAAAGAGGAGUGGCAAGCGUUUAAGCUGGAGCAUCGCAAGAACUAUCUCGAUGAAACCGAGGAGCGUUUCCGCCUCAAGAUCUUCAAUGAGAACAAGCACAAGAUUGCCAAGCACAAUCAGCGCUAUGCUGCCGGCGAAGUUAGCUACAAGAUGGCCGUUAACAAGUAUGCGGAUAUGCUGCAUCACGAGUUCCAUCAGACGAUGAAUGGUUUUAACUACACACUGCUCAAGCAGCUGCGCUCGACGGAUCCCAGCUUCACAGGCAUCACAUUCAUCUCGCCCGAGCAUGUGAAGUUGCCCAACUCUGUGGAUUGGCGCACCAAGGGCGCUGUGACUGAGGUCAAGGAUCAGGGACAUUGCGGCAGCUGUUGGGCAUUCUCCAGCACUGGUGCUUUGGAGGGACAGCAUUUCCGCAAGACUGGCGCCUUGGUGUCGUUGUCCGAGCAGAAUCUGGUCGAUUGCUCCACCUCGUAUGGCAAUAAUGGCUGCAACGGUGGCCUGAUGGACAACGCUUUCCGUUACAUCAAGGACAAUGGUGGCAUUGACACCGAGAAGUCGUAUGCCUAUGAGGGUAUUGAUGAUUCCUGCCACUUCAACAAGGACACCGUUGGAGCCACAGAUCGCGGCUUUGUUGAUAUUCCUCAAGGCAAUGAGAAGAAAAUGGCUGAGGCAGUUGCCACCAUUGGACCCGUUUCGGUUGCCAUCGAUGCCUCGCACGAAUCAUUCCAGUUCUACUCUGAGGGCGUCUACAAUGAGCCACAGUGCGAUCCCCAGAACUUGGAUCAUGGUGUGCUUGCCGUUGGUUUUGGCACUGACGAGAAUGGCCAGGACUUCUGGUUGGUUAAGAACUCUUGGGGCACCACCUGGGGUGACAAGGGUUUCAUCAAGAUGACGCGUAAUGCGAAGAAUCAGUGCGGUAUUGCCACAGCUGCCAGCUAUCCAUUGGUCUAAAAUCAUCAUCAUACACAGCCGUUCAACCUCAUUUAAUUAUUCACAACACCUCUAUUCCAAUACAAGAAGCAUCUCAAAAGCGAAGUUUAUAAUUUAAAUGGCAUAUAUUUAUGCUCCGAUCUGUAAUCAUCAUAUAUUCUCUUAUUAGUUUGCCAUUACAAAUGAAACAAAUUAGGCAUAUAUCAAUGUUGAUGUUUUUGUAUUAAAUAAAUAAUUAUUAAAAUAA